AUGAAGAGCCUACUGCCAUACUUCAUCUUCCUCCUUCAAAGCACGGCAAGCAAUGCCCAAAACAACACUAAUACCGGAGACGUCUCCAGAUACGGCCUCACUACAGUGGACAUUCAGUAUCAGGUUCACUCAGCGUAUGGUUCUUCCGACAAUGUGACAUCAGUUCAGCGCCGAGUUGCGUACUCCGUCAUCAAUGGCAUGGCGACGAUCGAUGGCGAUAUAGUCUACGGAACCGAAGCCGAUAUCAAGCGCGAUAUUGUCUCCAAUAGUCAGAGACGGGCCGAUUUGGACUCAUUGGACUCAGAGUUCGAGAAGCGGGCUUUCUCCAUACGAUCUCGAAACUCAAGAUGGCCAGGUGGUAUUAUAGGAUACAGUUUCGACACCGCUGGCGCCACGUUUUUGACACCUGCUCUAAUAGAGGACAGAAAGCAACGGUUUCGAGACGCUACAAAACGGUGGUCGAACCGACUCAAGUGGCUUGAAUUUCCAGAGUUGACCGACUCUUACGACAAAGGUGCAAGCACGCCAGCCACUCGAGUUACCAUAACAUUCGUGGACGCAGACGUAUCUUGGUGGCCCGUCGGGAUGGCCGACACACAGAAAGCCAGUGUUGUCUUGCUUGGGAACGAGGACGAUUCGUUUUAUGUUCACGGCAUAGGACAUAUACUUGGACUCCAUCACGAGCAUCAGCGGCCCGACCGAUAUCGUUUCUUCAACUUGGAAUGCGCAAACGUCAUCGACUUCAACGGCAUCCCUGCCCAGUGCUCCCAAAGCGCGUGUCAAGGAUGGGGAUGCCAGUUUGCACCAAUCACCAACCCUCUGGUGUACAACUAUGAGGGUCCCUACGAUACAAACUCCGUCAUGCACUAUUUCGAGUGGCAAUUCGGCAAGAGCUUCACACAGAAGCCCUUGAUGGGUGUUGACAGUAAGGUUUAUGUUGGCAGGGGGACCCGACCAUCGCUCAUGGACCUCGUUCGCGUCUGCGAAAUGUACCCAGAUGAGUGUCGCGGAAUCUGUGGCGACGGUAUUUACGCUCCAUCCAACUACGAGGAGUGCGACCCUGGUCCGACCGGCUACGACCCCUCGGGAUACUGUACGGAAUAUUGCAAGAUUGAGAGCAGCUUCAAGUGCGGCAACUUCCAGCUGGAUUCCGGCGAGGAAUGCGAUGACGGUCCUAGUGGAAGCGCCACAUGUACACCUGACUGCAAGAAGAGGUCGUGCCUUAAGGAAUGCAACCCUAACGACGCCAACUCGUGCGAUAUCACCACUAGCUGUAUCCUAAUCGAAGGCGGUUCGGUAGCAAGCCAGGGCAAGCACUACUGUGCCUGCCGAGCCGGGUUCAGGGCUCCCUUGGAACAGAACCAGAUGAGGCUACCGUGGUUUACUCCGAUAUCACAAGAAGGGCGUGUGUUCGUUGAGCCUGGCCAAGCUUGUAAUAUACUCUGCAACGACUUCACUCUUGGAAGGGACGGCUGUAAAGAAGUAUCUCUUUCUUCCUCAUGUUAUUAG